UGCCAUAUCCAAACAAACGUCAGCUGCCAGUCUUUCGAUUUGUUAGUCUUCCAGCUGCAGCGAGUUGGAAGCUUUACUGCCAAUACGUGCUGGGAUAUUCCGAGCUACCACUUCCAGAUGCUGGCCAGGAUGUUCCAGGGGCAGGAGCAGGAACGGCAGCAACGUGUAUGUUGGAUAUGCUUUGCCAGCGAAGACGAGAACCGCCGGGCCGAGUGGGUGCAGCCGUGCCAGUGCCGUGGCGCCACCAAGUGGGUGCAUCAGAGCUGCCUCUAUCGCUGGAUAGACGAGAAGCAGAAGGGCAACAUGCAGCGCAUUGUCACCUGCCAGCAGUGCCUGACGGAGUACAUGAUUGUCUAUCCAUCGAUUGGCCCACUGGCCACUGUCCUUAAAUUCACCUACGGCAUGGUCCGCCGCAGCAGCCCCUUGGUGGUGGGUUGCCUCUUCCUUGGCGCCAUCUACUGGUCGGCCAUGAUAUUUGGGGCCACAAUUGUGGUCCAGCUCAUGGGCUACUCGCGUAGCUUCUCGCUCAUUGCAAACGCAGACCCGCUGGCCGUGGCCGCCGGACUGCCCCUUGUGCCAGUGGCACUGCUCUUCUCACGAUUCAUUCGCUGGGAGGACACCGUGCUGAAUCUCAUUCGCAGCCGCCACAAUAUCUUUCGCAAGGUUCCGAUCCUCAGUUUGCUGUACAGAAACACCACCGAAUCGGAGGAUGCAUCGCUCGAUGGAGACAUUGAUUCAAACUUCUCAAGCCCGUGCCAUGCACGUGUCAUUUCCGGCGCCCUCAUGCUCCCCACACUCGCCUCACUCACUGGGUUCAUUUUCUUCUCGAGUGUGGGCGACACCCUGAAUCGCAACCUGCUCGGCGGCGCCACCUACAUUGCGGCCAAGGGCCUGCUCAACAUCUAUCUGCGGCAGAAGCUCUUCCUACGCAGUCUCCGUCGCCUCGUGUUCGACUACACCGAAGAGAAUGUUCUCGUCUCCAGUGGCAACGAGCUCGAUGGCACGUAUCGGCCACAGAAUCGCCAGAAUGCAGGAUUUGACUACGAUUCCGACUCCACCGACGACGGUUAUUUCGUCGAUACUGACACUGAUCAUGACAGUUCACAGAUUGACAGCGACUCCGAGUCGAACAUGGACUAAUUUCGCAUUGUGUACCACGGCUCGGGGCGCUGAUCAGCAUUUGCAAUGGAUAAAAGAUAAAAGGGGGUUGGGGCUGAGGGGCAUCUAAAUUGUUUUUAAUCACAGUAAAUCGUUCCUUAUUGGUUCUUUAAACAUUAAUACAUAAAUGUUCCCAUGUGAAAAUCGUUAAUAAAACCCCAAUCUCACGA